ACAUACAUUCACAAUAAUAAUAGCUUUAAAAUAUCAGCGUCUUCGUCAUUAUUUGUUUGGCUAAUGUUGCUAAAAGCCCUGCUUUUUCAGCAUUCUCGCGCGCGCAUUCUUGACGCUCGUAACGUCACUUGUUGGUGUUUUGGCCUGUGGUGAUGACGUAGGCAGCACGGGUAUCUUUAAUGGCUCUCGCGGUGAAGACUCGGAGCACAGCAAGGGAGGGAGAAGACACGCAGGAGACGGUGCUUUAAGUUGUGGAUUAACUCUAUUCCUGUCCCAUAAUGAGACAUUUUUCCAGGCUAUUUUCAGUUAUGGCUGGACCCAGGCCCGUGGUGUGUAGUGGCCCAUCAGGGGUGGGAAAGAGCACUCUGCUGAAGAAGCUCAUGAAGGAAUAUGAAGGUGUCUUUGGCUUCAGCAUCUCACAUACAACAAGAAAACCCCGACCUGGAGAACAGAACGGCAUAGAUUAUCAUUAUGUUACGCGGGAUGUGAUGCAGUCAGGCAUCGACAAUGGCGAUUUUAUUGAGAGUGCAGAGUUUUCCGGGAACCUGUAUGGGACAAGUAAAGCAGCUGUCCAAGAGGUCCAAUCCAAGAACCUCAUCUGUUUAUUAGACAUUGAUAUGCAGGGUGUGAAGAACAUCAAAAAGACAGACCUCAAUCCAAUGUUCAUUUCCAUCCAGCCACCAUCCAUGGAAAUUCUGGAAAAGCGUCUAAGAGGCAGAAAAACAGAGUCGGAGGAGAGCCUCCAAAAGCGUUUACAGACAGCCAAAAUCGAGAUGGAGUUUAGCAAAGAACCUGGUGCAUUUGAUGUUAUAAUCAUCAAUGAUAAUUUGGACGAUGCUUAUGCGAAGUUGAAAUACACUCUUAAGGAGGAAAUUGAUAAGGUCAAGAAAGUGUCCUCAUAGGAGAAAGCAGCAUCCACAUAGGAGAAAGCAGCAUCCACAUAGGAGAAAGCAGCAUCCACAUAGGAGAAAGCAGCAUCCACAUAGGAGAAAGCAGCAUCAUGGUCGUCGUUCAGCCACUCCACCGACACACACUUUUCCACUCUUGUACAUUCCCUCAGAUAGUGGUCUUUGAAACUAGGACAAUUUCCUUCAGCAGAUAUACAAACAGCUUUUGUUUAGAAGUAGUUACUAAUAAAUAACUUGGUGUAAAGUGGGACAUUUUUAUUUAAUUUGUUUUUACAGACAAAGUGCUUUUCACAUUUUUAUUUUUACACUGAAGAGGAGACACUCUGAGAACUCUUACUUGAAGUACAACUGGCAUGAUAAGCGGGAACAAUUUGAUGCAGACAGAAAAUACUGUGUGCAACCGUAAUUCUUUUGCAGAAGUAUGAUUCAUUGCAUCAUCUGGACAGACUGGGUUUUCAAGGAUUAGUUUCUUUUGAGGGGGGCGGGGUUUCUUUCCGUCUUUUGCAACCAGCUACACUGUGUUGAUGUUUAAUGUCUUAGAUGCAGUGAAAUACACAAGUGAUGGUCAGAGUUAGAGAUUAAAACCAGCACUCGGGCCCCCCUUUAAAAUUUGGUAAGUAGGUUUGGGCAGUAUCUUAGUAUCGUGUCGUACCAGGCUAUUUUUUUUUUUAGACAGAGUACUUUCUGUACUGUUAAAAAUACAGACACUCCUUUGUGUUAUACUUAUGUGAUGUAUUUAGGUCAUAUUGUAGCGCACAGCACUCGUCACUCACUGAGUGAGCUAUGAAACAUGGCAGUUGAAAAUGUUGGGGUGGAUUUCGAGUUUAGUCUCAUCUCCCUGAAGAUAAACAGUUUGCUUUGAAAGAUUUACGCCUAAAGAUUGUCAUAGUUCAAAAUGAGCACCACCUGCCUGUACUGAGUAGUGUUGCUACGCUCUGGCUGUGUAGUUAAGCCAUUUAUUCUGACACAACUGUUCAUUGUCAAGAUCAAAAUAAUCAGGAAAGCUGAUUUUAUUUUAUUUUUAAUUUGGCAGAUAGCUGCUUAACCUAAUCGUGAACCAGUGUUGUGUUCUUAUAAUGUUCAUGAGUUUCAUAAACUAAUAUUUCUGGUGCCAGCUAGCGAGGGUGAGAGAGAUUAAGCAUUCAGCCAGCUAAUCUCUCACCCUCCUACCUGAAGUGUCAUCUGUCAUCAUCACCUUCUAGUUUAUUUACAUAAGUGUAAUCGUAUACUUGCUGAAUUGUGAGGAAGGUAUGAAAGACUCUAUAUUGCCCAAGCCUAUCAGGAACAUGUGGUGACUCUUUACUUUUAGGGGAUACAUACAAGUCAGCUAUACCUUUGAAACAGUAACAUUAUUCCAGAGUUGGUAAACGCUUUAUGUUUUUAUUAUGUUAUAUAACUUGGCAGGUAAUGUCCUGGUUCCUCACACUUUGUUUGCUGGAAAGCUAAAAACUGCUGUGCUCAUGUAGAAUUGAAUCCCAUCACAGAGUUAGAAACAGUACAACUACAUUGUAUUCUUUUAUAACACGUGUUUAUUUAAUGUUGUACAUUUGUGAAAACUUUAUAUUGUGUAAGUUUCAGUUUUCAGUUUUAGCUGUACAGUAAAAUGACAGCGAAUUUGUUGCUUUUUUUAUUGCUUAGAAUUGAGAAAACAGUAAAUAUUUUAAAAUUUUCCUUUUUAGAUUGGAUAGUGAAUUAUGCCUAAAUCGUUAUAUUCCUGUACCUUGUAACAUUCAUUCCUUUGCUCAGAGUACUUUAUGUUCCUGAUGCUACUAUUUAAAUUCAAGUCUCACAAAUGUUACAUCAUGCUGAACAAAUGCACGAAGGCCUCUUUAAAACCAAACUAGCUGUUAUAGAAAUGUGCUUGUUGUAAACAUGUACUCAGCACUAUGACUUUCAUGUUGAAACAUCAGUAAAUGUUACCAUACAACAA